AUGGGUGUCCUCGGGGCGCUGCUCGGCGGGGUUUUGGUGGCGGUGGCCGUCGCUGAGCCCGGUAGGAGCGAGGAGGAAGAGGAGGAGCCCUGUGCCGCCCCCCCCCCCGCGCCGGACUGCCUGCUGCUGCUCCCCUCCCCCUCGCCCCCUCCCCCCGCGCCGGCCCCGCCCCCCGCGCCCCGCCCCGGGCGCGGCUCGCGGCGCGGGCGCGGCCGGCGGGGCGGGGGAGGGCGCGGCCGGCCGGCCCCGCCCCCCAAGCCCUUCACCUGCGCGGCGUGCGGGCGGGGCUUCACGCGCUCCUCCAACCGCAACGCGCACCUGCGCGCCCACCCGGGCCACGCCCGCGGCCACGCCCCCGCGGCGCCCCGCCCCCUGCGGCUGCACCAGGCGGGCCAGCGGCGCUUCGGGUGCGGCCAGUGCGGGCGGAGCUUCGGGCGGAGCGCCCACCUGAGCGCGCACCUGCGGGCGCACCUGGGCGAGCGGCCCUACACCUGCGGCGAGUGCGGGCGGGGCUUCAGCUACAGCUCCGCCUUCCUCAAGCACCGCCGCGCCCACGCCCCGCCCGAGCAGGGCGGGGAGCCGCCCACCGGGAGGAGGAGGAAGGAGGCCGAGGGACGCGCCCUCCUGGCGCACCUGCGCGGGCGCGCCGCGGACACGCCCGAGGCCCGCGCCGCGCCCCUCGGCUGCGCCACGCCCCUCGGCUGCGAUAAGCUCCGCCCCUGCGCCGCGCCCCUGGGCUGCGCCGCGCCCCUGGGCUGCGCCACGCCCCUGGGCUGCGCCACGCCCUACACCUGCGGGGAUUGUGGGAAGGGCUUCGGGGGAAGCUCCGCCCUCAUCCGGCACCAGCGGCUGCACCUGGGCUAG